GGCCAGGUACAUAUACAUAUCUUUGCCUUCUUCCACGAACAACACCUUUGUGGACUAGAAGAUAAUUUAUUUGUUUUUGUUUCCCCCAAAAUAAAUAUAUCCUCAUCAUCGGGAAUUUGUUUUGUUUUUAGUCCAGACGCAAAUUAUGUGUACCUAAUGCACCCUAAGAUCUAACAUCUGCGCAGUUCUCCAGGUGAAGACUCUGGAUGCUAUAUACGUUUUCACGGCUUCUCCUACACUCUCGUUCACCAGCUACUAAAGGUUUCCGAUGAAUUGUUGAAGAGUUAAAAAUUCUAUAUCUCACUUAACCGUUGCUACGUCAAAUUUAGAAAGAGUAGAGCCGGUUUGAGGACGUAGCCUUCGUUUUAUGCUGCAUAAACAAAAUUCAUACAACAAACAGCCUCUCCUUCACUUUCGGUAUCUUUGAACACAAUCUUUCGAACCACAACUUCAGCCCAUAUUGCUUCGUCUCUAUUUGACCUCAAUACCAAGUAAAACAUGGCUAGUGACAAUUCGACUCUUCUCGCGGCGAGCGAGAUCUUAGCCGCAAACGUCACAGAGUCUCUAGCAGCCAAUCAGACUCUUACGGAGAAACUUGCCAGCCUACCAGAAAUCCUCUGGAACAAUAGGGAUUUUUUUCUUCUCGAGGGCCGCAUCAUCUUCACGGCAAUGGCUUGCAUUUAUAUCGGGUCUCAAGCAGCCCUUCGUCGCCCUCCGUCUGCAAAUCCCGCCAAGAAGGGUAAGAAAGGAGGCCGGAAAGACCAAGACAGGGAAGAUGAGCUUGUUCAAGGCCUUCUGCCUUCUGAUGCCAUUAUGCUUCCUAUCAUGGCGGGAACGGUCCUCACGGGACUCUAUUACUUGAUCAAAUGGCUUGAUGACCCGGAGAUCCUCAAUAAGAUAUUGAGAGCAUACUUCUCAGUCAUGUCUCUUGUCGCCAUGGGGAAGCUCCUUGCCGACUCACUAAAUAACAUUACUGGGUUUAUCUUCCCUACCGUGUGGCUUGCAAAGAAUGGUAGGUUAUACCAUAUCGACACCUCGAAAAAGGGUCAGUGGUCUGUUAAUAGGGACUCCGCCGAGCAAGUAUGGGAUGACAAGAAGAAAAGUCCUCUUCCAUAUUGGUGGUCUGAGUUAGGUGUUUCCGAUGCGACGAACAAUUUACUUUGGGAGAUACGUCAUCUACUUAUGGAAGAAUGGACUAUUCGCCUCUCAAUCCACGGCAUUACGAACCAGAAAUUUAAAGUCAAGUUUAAUGAUAUUCUUGGUUUUGUCCUUGCCAUUCAAGCAAACAUAGUAUACUAUAUGACGCAGUCAACCUUCCUAUCCAACCUUAUGGGGUACUCCUUUUCUUACACCGGUAUCAUCUUGAUGUCUCCAACCACGUUCGCCACUGGAACUGCUGUCCUUUUUGGGCUCUUCUUCUACGACAUUUACAUGGUUUUUUAUACCCCUUACAUGGUAACAGUCGCUACCAAACUUGACGUCCCUAUCAAACUCGUCUUCGAAGGACCCUCUAAAGCUAGUAUGCUCGGAUUGGGUGACAUUGUACUUCCCGGAAUCUUCGUCGGGCUAUGCCUGCGUUUUGAUCUCUACAUGUACUACUACCGGCAGCGAAAAUUUAUUCCCGUAGAGUUAAAAAGUAAGGAUGAGUCUUCAGGCCAAUCAGUCACUAAUACGGAGACACAACGCAUGGUAGUCAAAGCGGACUACGUCAGCCCACAGGGGCAAUGGGGAGAUUGGUUCUGGAGCACAAAAUUUGGCAAAUUAUCAACAGAUGCCACGCCUGCACUAAAAGCUGCAACAUUCUCUAAACCGUAUUUCUACGCCUCUCUAAUCGGAUACCUGCUCGCUAUGGUGGUGACUUUGGUUAUGCUAUUAGUCUACCGCCAUGCACAGCCAGCAUUACUAUACCUUGUUCCUGGCGUUGUUUUCGCCGCUUGGAUUACGGGCCUAUUCAGGGGGGAACUUCGCGAGAUGUGGGACUACACAGAAGAUGGUAGUCUAGAUACCGCAGAUACAAUAGUGGAAGUUGAUGGAGAUGGAAAUGUCAUUAAUAUUGUUCAAAGCAAGGACGAGGCUAAGGAAAACAAGAAGGAUGAUAGCAAGAGUGACGACAAGGCAGAAGAUAAGGUGGAUACCAAAGCUAAUGAUGAUGCUUCCCCUAAUGUCAAGUCGACCAAACAGAACACCCCCUCCAACGAAGAGGUUGGCGAGAAAGGCGAGCUUAAGGCUGAGAAGGAUUCUAAGCCCGAAGCCAAGAAAAAUAAGGGCUACCCUGUUUUCCUUUUUUCGAUCGAGGUUCCAGCACCCAACGAAACUAGCAAUUCAUAGAGGGGCACAGAUAUAGACGUAGUUAUAGUUGAAAAUACUACAUAGCUACACGUGUGAAGUCCUAGCACCAAAAUACCUAAAUUGACAUCCCCAAUUGGC